AAAACCCUCUUCACCUUGUCCAAAUCCUAGAAACAAAAUACUGGAGUAGUUCCCUUUAUUAAUGGCGUAUGGACGAGACAGAAGCUCCAUCUUUGAAGGGUUCACUCUAAGUCCUCUUCCAUACCCAGUUCUCCUAAUCCUAGCAGUGAUUUUCAUCUUCCUUGGCCUGCAAUGGUAUGCUUCCUAUGAGGAAGUUAUAGAGAGCACAGAACAAAGCUUGGGUUGGGUUCUUUUCGUCAUUCCAGUGGUUAUAGUGAUUGUUGUGAGGUGGUUGUCCUCUCUGGAAAAUUCAGAUUGGCCGUUAUCGGCCGUGGGUUCGGUUGACCGGAGGCGUCGCACCAACUACUUGACGUCGGAGGGAAGCUCCCCGUGGGCCGUGGCGGCCGUGAUCUUGCUGCUGCUUGUGAUGGUGCAGUACCGGUCUGCCUUUCUUGAUAGUUGGUUUCCCUUUUUUAGUUCUUAAUAAUUACAAGGUUUGAUGAUUGAUCAUGCACUGUACGUAUGUUUUUGUUGGGUUUUCUUAUGAGCGGUAGUAGUCGUCAAACCACAUGUACCAAAAUGUCUAUGUAUAUAUUUUUCCAUGCCUUCUUCGAUCGUUAAUGCGUCUGAAAUUGCUCGAAAACAGAGGUAAUUCGGUAUAGGUGACCGGUGCUGCAGAAGUAGGUAUAAGUGUGAAUAGGGUUUAUGGGUAACGUAUCUUUCUGUAUUCAAAUUCCUGUCUUUUUGUAAUAUUAGAAUCGUGUACUUCAAAAUUUUCAUUAUAUGAUGAUAACUUUGUUGAAAGUAA